AUGUUGAUAAAUAAAGAAAAUAAAGAAGGAUAUGAACGUGUGUUUGCAAUAUGGAACUUUGGUGCUUGUGGUAUAUUAUUUGCCUGUUCCCUAAAGAGACCACGGUAUCCAGAAUUGAGGUUCGCAAGGAACCGCAGAGUAAUAUCUCAUGAUACCGUUGCGUCUAUAUGGUCUCUUCUCACUUUUGGUUGGAUGAGUUCGAUGGUUAGAAUGGGUAACAGACGUAGUCUCACGGAAGAUGAUUUAUGGGAAUUGCCAUAUAGAUGUCAAGCUGCUCAUUGCUACUAUGAAUUAGAUCAAAUAUUGAGUCCAAGUCUUUUAACGCGGUUACUUCGUGUUAACACCAACAAUCUUCUUCUUUUCCUUUUUAUUGCAAUAUUUCGAUCUAUUUUUUCCUUCACUACACCUUUCUUUCUCUAUAAAUUAUUAGAAUACAUAACUAACAAUAAAGACAAUGAAUAUACUGAAGAACCUUAUCUUUAUGUAUUUGGGAUAUUAUGUUCUGAAAUUGCUAGAAUCCUUUUCUUAAAUCAGUUAAACUAUCAAGUAGUAUGGUUAGGCAUUCGUGUGGAACAAAUGUUGAGUGUUUUGGUGUAUUCAAAACAAUUACAUAUAAAAACUUCAUCCAGAUCUAAUAAUAAUAGAUCAAACAAUAAUGUUCUAACAACUGAUGUUGGUGAUAUUGCUGGCUUUUUCUCCAAUCUUCCAUUCCUUUUGACAAUUCCAUUAGAAAUUAUUGUAGCAAUAAUAGGUUUAUAUUAUUUGCUGGGUGUUUCUAGCAUUAUUGGUAUAUCAAUUAUGAUAUUAUGCCUUUGGAGUAGUAAAAGAUUCGGAAGACGCGUCUCUCGAUUACAAAAACGGGUUAAAAAGGCAAGAGAUGAAAGAGUCAGUGAUAUUUUUGAAUUGCUUCAUGUUGUUCGUACAAUAAAAAUGUAUGGUUGGGAAAAUAGUUUUCAUGAAAGAUUAAUGUACUCUCGUACAAUUGAACUCAGUCAACUUCGGCGUUUAUUUUGGCGCACUACAUAUCUCACUUUAUUAGUUCACCUUACUCCAUUCAUUGUUACAUUAUUUGCAUUUGCUUUUUUUACAUUUAUAUUUAAAAAUAGUCUAUCGCCCGCUUGUGCUUUCACAAGUAUCAUACUAUUUAACACGUUAAAACAGCCAUUACAAAAUUUUCCAAAUUUGGUUGUUGAACUUGUAGGACUUGGAGUAUCAGUAAGACGUGUAGAAAGGUUUUUAAAUGAGAUUGAUAUUCAAAAAGAUAUUUCAAUGACUAGUUCAUAUACAAAAACCAUAGUUGGUUUUAGUGGUGUUGAUGUUUCUUGGAGUUAUGAUAUGAAUAUUCUAGAUCCUAAUGAUUUCUCAUUAAGGAAUGUGAAUUUAGAAUUCCCUCUUGGAAAAUUAAGUAUCAUUUAUGGCCCGAAAUCUUCCGGGAAAACCCUUCUUUUUCUCUCACUCCUUCGUGAAACAUUUUUAUUACGUGGUGUUAUCAAUUUUCCCCCGAAUUCAGUCGCUUAUGUUCCACAACAAGCAUGGAUAGAAAAUACCACCAUUCGAGAUAAUAUAUUAUUUGGUACUCCUUUUGUCGAAGAACGUUAUUGGAAUAUUGUUGACGCCUGUUGUUUGCAUAAAGAUUUCGAAAAUAUGGAUGAGGCAGAUUUUACCAAGUGUGACGAGAAAGAUAUAAUUUUAAAAGAUGACCAAAAGUCUCGUAUAGCACUCGCAAGGGCGUUAUAUAGUCCCGCGCAAAUCUUACUUUUGGAUGAUUUUUUGUCUAUCAUGGAUCCAUUAUUAGCACAUCAAAUUAUUGAUAAUUGCCUAAAAAGUCCGAUUAUUGAUGGACGAACUGUGAUAAUUGCAACAUACUAUGUUCGCUCUCUUUUGGACGUUGCUAGUUAUAUUGCAAUACUUGGUAAUGGAACGGUUUUGGCCAGUGGUACUCCUGAACAAGUACGUGAAACUGGAUAUUUAAGUGAUGAAAUUCUUGGAAGUGAUGUAGAUGUAGAAAAAAAUCAAGAUAAAAAUUUCCGGAAUUCGUUAAUUAGAACUUAUGAAAAAUUAAUCACUGAUAAGAAAGUUUGGACAUCAGAAGAAGUGCAACCUCAAGGAAAGAUUCCGCUCAGAGUUUAUCUUUCUUACUUUAAGUCUAGUGGAGGCCUGUUUAUUUGGCUUAUGCUAAUUUUUUUGUUUAUAACUAUUCGAGUUUUAACUGUGGGUGAGACUUAUUGGUUAAAUAUAUGGUCAGAAUGGUCAGAAGGUCAUAGACCCAAUACAACAUCACCUGAACUAUUAGGUCAUAACACCCGAACAGAUCACUUAUUUUAUAUAGGCAUAUAUGCUGCUAUUGCCUUAAGUUCUGCUAUUUUUACAAUUGCUCGCAUGAUUUGGCAACUUUAUGUUUCUCUUAAGGGUUCAAGAAUUUUGUUUUCGGAAUUACUUAAUGCUAUUUUAAGAGCACCUUUGAGCUUUUUUGAUACUGCACCUCUUGGAAACAUUAUGAAUAGAUUUUCUAAAGAUUUGGGUAUAAUAGAUCAGAGUCUUAUGACAGUUUUAUCGAGUUGUCUUGGAAAUGCUGUUGGUGUAAUAAGUGUAUUGGCUGUAGUUACUGCUAUCACAUAUCAAUUUUUCUUUGUUUCCAUUGUUGUUGUCAUAUCAUAUAUUAUCAUUGGAAAUAAGUAUAUCAAUGCUUCAAGGGAGUUAAAACGGCUGCAGUCCAUAACUCGUUCACCUGUUGUCUCUUGGUUUGGUGAGACAGUAGUGGGUAUCGCAACAAUUCGUGCAUUUAAUGCUGAAAAUCGAUUUAUUAAAGCUUUCACGAAUCGCUUAAAUACAUCAAAUCGAACGACAUACCUUCUUCAUAUGUCUAAUCGAUGGAUGUCUGUUCGCUUGGGCUGUAUAGGAGCCAUUGCAUCGUAUUUUGCUGGUAUUUUUAUUCUAUGGAGACAAACUAAUGGAGAACCUAUGAGUGGUGGUUUGGCGGGUUUUUGUCUAAGUUAUGCUCUUGGAUUUGUACAGAUUGUAUUUAUGCUAGUCAAAGAUUAUUCUACCAUGGAAAAUAAUCUAAAUAGCGUGGAACGCAUUAGGGAAUACAUUGAUAUGCCACAGGAACUUUUAUCAAUUGCAAAUGCACGUCCUCCAGCUGCCUGGCCGACCAAUGGUAAAAUUGAAGUGUCUCAUCUGACGAUUAACCAUACACUAAGAAAUGAACCCGUACUCCAAAAUAUUUCAUUCUGUGUUCGAGAUAAAGAAAAAAUUGGCAUUAUUGGAAGAGCAGGAGCUGGCAAAUCUACUUUGGCGAAUUCAUUCUUAAGGUUGGUGGAAGCUGACGAAGGCCGGAUUGUGAUUGAUGGAAUUGAUAUUGCUGAUAUUAGUUUAGAAGAUCUUAGGUCACGAUUGGCUAUUAUAUCUCAAGAACCCAUACUUUUUGAAGGGACUAUUAGGUCAAAUUUAGACAUUCGAUUAGAAUAUGAAGACGAUGAUUUAUGGGAAUCAUUAAGACGAGCUCGUCUCAUUCAUAUAGAGGUAGAGGGAAACAGACAAGCUUUAAUCAUUGGACCAAUAACAAGCUUAAAUGAUCCAGUUAAUGAAGGCGUAACUGCCAAUCUUGACUCGGAAACGGAAAAAAAAAUACAAGAAAUAAUUCAUGACGAGUUUCAAGAUUCUACAGUUCUGAACAUUUCACAUCAAUUUAGGAAUAUUAUAAAUUCAGAUAGAAUUCUUGUUCUUGAUCAAGGAGAAAUUGUUGAAUUUGAUACACCGUCUAAUCUUAUGAUGAACCCUGAAAGCUUAUUUAGACAGAUGAGUGAACAGGAUGGUACUUUACAAUCUUUGAUGAAAACCAUGAAGUUAAAUUAUCCAGAAGAUGAGGACGAAGAGGAACAUUUUGAGGAUCAUUAUGAUGAUGUACAUGGGAUGGAAAUAGAAAUUGAAGAUGAAGAAGAGGAGGAUGAUGAGCAAACUGAACGCGAGUCAGAACAUGAGGUGGAUGAAGAACAAGAGAAUAAUCAACAACCGGAAAUGCACGAUGAACAUCACAAAGAUGACUGGGAAGUUUAG